GGUCAAAACACUACUGAGCGUCACCACGUUACUAGCAUGAUGGCCGCGCCCGUGGAGAGUGUGUGUAAGCCCUCGGCUGAACGCUCGCCGUUCAGUGCCACGAGUUUUCAGAAGAAAUCCAGGAGCAAGUUGAUCUCCAUACCUGGCACCAGACCCUCGGUUCAGAACGGACAGCUCUUAGUUUCCACCGGUGUCACCUCGCUCGACUUCCUGCUCGGUGGUGGUUUGGCAGUUGGAACAGUACUUCUCAUUGAAGAGGACCGAUAUGAUAGCUACUCCCGCAUGAUCUUGAAAUACUUCCUGGCGGAGGGAGUCGUGUGUCGACAUGAACUUUUUGUGGCAGCGGCUCAAGAUAACCCUGACGACAUCUUACAGGAACUUCCGGCUCCUAUAUUGGAUGAUGUCGCCAUUCACAAACCAGCAGAGCAGCCCAGGCUGCCUUGUGAAACUCAUGACAGUUUGGAUUCCAUGAUGAUUGCAUGGCGUUACCAGAAUCUCCCAAAAGUACAGAGUGCCCUGGCAUCCUCGUCCCGGUUUGGUCACUACUACGACGUCUCCAAGACGAUGGAGCCAGAAAUUCGGCAGGCAGCCAAGUGCCACCGCUUCUACCUUCCCGAACAUCCCACCGAGUCAUCAACCACACGCAGUCCUGUGCUCAAGUCCUACUCUGCGUUGUUGAGAUCACUUCAAGAGGUCAUACACAGGGAGGGCUUUGAUGUAGCAGCCUCCAUGUCAAAGUCACGUAACAUCCUGCGCAUUGGUCUUCACUCUCUUGGUUCGGCCCUUUGGGAUGAUGACCUGAGUUGCCAUGACAACCCGACACACCGCCACUCCCUCACUGCCUUUCUAUAUGGACUGCGUGCUUUGCUGAGGUCAUCACUGUCAGUCGCUGUAGUUACAGUACCUUCACAUCUCAUCCAGGACAGAGCUCUAAUGGGCAGCAUAACCAGGCUAUGUGACAAUGCCAUAGCGCUGGAAUCAUUCAAAGGCUCUGAGAGAGAGACCAACCCACUCUACAAAGAUUUCCAUGGCCUGCUACAUGUACGACAGGUACCUCACCUGAACUGCCUGGCAAAUCAACUCCCUGAUCACAAGGACCUGGCCUUCAAGCUCAAGAGAAAACAGUUCAGUAUUGAGAGACUGCAUUUGCCUCCAGACUUGUCUGAGACAGUGAGUCGUGUGAGCAGGGGGGAGCUGGCAGGAGGGGCCACGGUGGCUUCAGCCUGUGGCUCCGGCACUUCCGGCAACAAACACCUGGACUUCUAGAGCUCCCACACAGUCGCCACAGGCAGCCAACACCUGGAACGCCGCGGCAUUGUCCUCUUCUCCGCGGUGACCAGGUUGUUCCCUCGCCCACGUCAUGUCAACCACAAUAACCCUGCCAGCCUUUACCACCUGCCAACUGUCCCAGCCAGCGGUGAAGACCUAAACGUCCACUGUUCCUCCUUUCAUAAUGGACACAUUUCAUCGUACAUCUCAAGUUCUUUUUCGUAUAAAUUCAUAUUACACUGUUCACUCUGACAGCUCACACUGUCUCAAACUGUCUUCAAAAGUUAAUUGUUACUCCAAACUUGGUUGUUUGUUUUUUUUAAAGGGAGCCCUGUGGUAUUUUGAAUGUUAUGUGAUGUGUACAGUAUGAUUGGCAGGUUGACUUGUACCUAAUCCAAUUAAAAUCCAAGAUGGAGGGAUUAUUUACAUUUUGUAAAUUUAUUUUAUGCCUUUAGUGGAUUUGUUUACAUAAAAAGUGUAAUCCUGAAAUAUUUUUUCGUCAUUACAAACUCUCAGUCUUUACUUGCUUCAAAUAAUUUAAGUGCAAUCUCCCAAGAUCGGCGCUUACUUUAUAAAGCAAGUGGCCACACCUGCUCGGCUGCACCAUGUACAAGAAUCUAAAAGUCCAGGAUCAAGUAUUGAACUGUGCUUUUGAGUUAAAUAAAAGAAAUAUAUACUUAC